AUGAGGCUUCUCUUAGUCCGACACGGCGAGACCGUACACAACGUGGCCGGUGUCUACGCCGGCAUUACAGAUUCUGCCCUGACAAACCAUGGAGCCCUCCAGGCCAAGCGACUCGCUACGCAUCUUGCUACGAACGAUUUCACGAUCUCGCAUAUCUUCUCGUCGGAUUUGCAGCGGGCUUUCAAGACUGCCGAGGCUAUCCGUGUGGCGCAAAAGCCUCCCCCGACCCAGACUGUAAGGGUCCAGGCCAUCCGAGAACAAGACUUUGGGUUUUACGAGAUGAAACACUUUUCCGAACGAUCCAGGGAAGGCAUCAAGUCGGGCAAAGAGGCACAUCAAGAUGCACAUCGGAACAACCCUGGAUUUCAGGACGUUGAGAGUCAAGACUCGAUGAAGGUACGGUCGGAUACUUUCAUCGAUGAACACCUCGUGCAGCUUUUGCACGAGUUACCGAAGAACGAUACAGUGGUGGUGGUAGCACAUGGUAUCAUUCUAAGCCAUCUCUGGCGGGCAUUCUUGAAGCGCUUCCAUGCCGGUAAGGUUUCUGUCAGCCCCGAAGUCGAGUCUGCAGGGAACGGCUUCAGUCUCGAGCAUCUCGGCGGCUGGUCAAAUACUGGCUACCUUGAUCUAGAGAUCAAGACAGAUUCUUCAGCGUCUUUGGAGGCGGCACCGGCAUCCGAUUCGGAGUCUUCCACAGGAACAGGUGGUGCAGCUGAGGAUGUAGCUCCGGAUGAUGCCUCCCAGAAGCCAUCCACCCUGCCCCCGAUUACCCAAGCACCACCCAGAUUCCUCGAUAUGUCACUUGUGGUGAAAGCAGUGAACAAGAAAGAUCACCUUGUCGGUCUGAAAAGGACACGAGGUGGUAUCGGAAGCUUGGAACAUGACUCGAAACAAAAGACGAUGGAAUCAUUCUUUAAGAAAAGGCGACGCGAAUGA